CUCUUCCUCGGCUCAAGGAUCGUUGACGGUUGAUCGUUCUGUUCACUUCUGGCAAAAGUGGGAGAGAACUGUCAAGAACAGCAUAACUUCCAUUAGGCUUUGCAGAGGAAGUUGUCUUUUUUUUUGUUCUUUUUUUUUUUUUUUUUUUUGUGGUCUAAAAGUGCUAGCUUUUGCUUCGUUGAAGUGUAGAAAAUCAUACAACUAUUGCGCACAGCCAUGAACAGAGCUUGUCAAAGAUUGUUGGUCUCAAUUCAAAGCCAAUUCCAAUCGCGUAAUCUAUCAUCCCAAUCCCAUGGACGCCUCGGUGUCCCCACCGAGACGCUGAAGCGGAAGAUUGCGGAGCUGGAGAAGAAGAGGAAGACGAAGAAGAAGGACGGGGCCAUACUUGUCCCGGUUCCCGAGUCCCAAAAGUACCUCGACACCGCCACUCUUCCCAUGACUCUCACUUUCGUCGCCAUCGCCGUCGCCGCCAAGCUCCUUAUGAUGUAUGAAUAUGAUGAGACGAGAUCACAAGAGAGGAUUGAGCGCCAAAUAAAGAAUGCUCCUGAGGGCCAAGGCACAGUCAGGAUGCUUACUCGUGAGGAGUGGGAAGAAAUUCGGGAAGUGAGGCCAAGGACUCCGUUUGAAUCCAAACUAGCUCGUCCAAAUGCACGACUAAGAACCGGAGAACCGCUGCGCAAGGAGGAUCUGAAGGAUUGGACAAUUGAUGUGCUCACAGAUGCACUUACCCGAGUUGAAGAAACUGUCGGACACAAUUCACAGUGAAUUUCUCUACUUCUUAAAGUACUCUUACUUGAUUACCUUAAAGAUAAUAUGUGGUAUUAACACUAUACAUAACAAUGGUUAAUGGUUGCUUUGCUUGGGAAACUGUACAAACGAGUUACUACAUAAGACAUCCAUGACAAGCGGUUGAAAGAGAAAAUAAGAAAAGUUUGGAACAA